UAAAAGAGCAAAAGUAAAAUAAAUUGUCAAAACAAUAUGAAAAUAAAAAUUUCUAAGUUUUAAAUUUAAUUUAAAUAAAUUAUAUGGGACUCUUCUGAAAUGGACAACAAAAUAAAAAUAUUAGUCUGCGGAGACGUAAAAGGAAAAUUCAAACAACUUUUCCAUAGAGUGGAAAUAAUCAAUCAAAAAUCUGGGCCCUUUGAAAUUCUUCUUUGUGUUGGAGAAUUUUUCGAUAAAAAUAAUGAUGAAUUGAUAGCAUAUAAAAACGGAUAUAAAAAUGUUCCGGUUCCGACGUUUAUUCUUGGGUCUUGCCUAGCGGAAACUGUCAAAAACUUUGAUAUAUCUAGCGGGGGUGAUAUCUGUUCCAACAUAACAUAUUUGGGAAAAAGAGGAUUAUACACGCUAUCUAAUGGAAUAAAAAUUGCAUACGUGAGUGGCGUAGAGUCAGAUCAAAGUAGUGACAUUUCUUUUGAUGAAAGUGAUAUCAAUUUUGUAGCAGAUAUUUGUCUUGCCAGUAAAGGAAAUUUGAAUGAUUAUAGAGGAAUUGAUAUAUUAAUCACAUCUCAAUGGUGUCGCGGUAUAAUGGAAAAUGAUAAUUCCUCGCCUUUGAUUUCCUACUUAAUAACACAGAUUCGACCCAGAUAUCAUUUUUGCGGUUUAAAUAAAUUAUAUUAUGAAGCACCUCCAUUUAGAAUAAAGCCUGAUAACAACACACAAUUAGAGCUGUCAACAAGAUUUAUAGCCUUAGCUAAUGUUGGGAAUAUUAAAAAAGAAAAAUACAUUUAUGCGGCUAGCUUAGUCCCAGUAGAAAAAAUGCGGAUAACUGAUUUGUUACAAAAAACUACAGAUGAAAUCCCAUUUCCUUUCAGUGUAGUUGAUUUCUCCAAGUAUAGAAGGCAACAAAAAAAGAACGAUGACAAUACACAAUAUUUUUAUGAUCUGAGUAAACCUGGUAGUAAAAGAGAAUCAAAAGGAAAUAAAACUCCUUAUAAAAAAGCUCGUAUGGAAAUCGAUUUAGAAAAAUGUUGGUUCUGUUUAUCAUCGCCUAAUGUAGAAAAGCAUUUAAUAGUUUCAAUUGGAAAUAAUUUUUAUGUAGCAUUUCCAAAAGGACCUUUAAAUGAUUUUCAUGUUCUAAUAUUGUCAAUUACACAUAUUCAAAGCUCAUCACUUCUAACAAGCUCCGACUGGAAAGAAUUGGAAAAUUUCAAGAAGGCACUUAAAAAUUUUUUUAAAUCUAAAGGACUAACUACAUGUUUUUUCGAAAGAAAUUAUAAAACGGCGCAUCUGCAAAUAAAUGCUGUUGGGUUAGAAAAACACUUGGAUUGGAAAAUUAAACAUUCGUUUGAAGACAAAGCUGAAGAAUAUAAUAUUUCAUUUGAAACUGUACCUGAAUUAACACAAGCGGCAGAUUUACCGCAGCAGGGCCCUUAUUUUGUAGCCGAACUUAACGAGUGCACAUUGAUUACAAAAGAUAUGAAAAGAUUCCCUCUCCAUUUUGCUAGGGAAGCCAUAUGUUCCGAAAAUCUAUUAAAUAACGAUGAGAAAGUAGAUUGGCGGGACUGCAAAUUAUCAACAGAAGAAGAAAUAAGUUUAGUCAAACAGUUUAGAGAAAAUUUUAAGCCGUUUGAUUGUUCCUUAUGAAAAACUUGCAUAAAUAAAAACAUAAGUUUAAUU